GCCCUUCUUGGUUGCUCGCCGCUUUGUAACCUGCUUCGUCGAUUUAUUAUGUACUCAAGGGAACCGUGGGCUGUGACUGUAGAGUGUGAAUCCCUUUUGAACCCGCCGUCUUCCUGCCUCUUUCUUCUUCCCACAUCUUCCCUCCUGGACGAAACACAACUCCAACAAAAAGCCAAUCCCGCCAAACUUUGCCUUCUUCCUCUUUCUCAAACUGAGUUUGAAGAGCCAUUGCUUUCUAUUUCCCUCUCCCCACACGCUUGCUUUGUUCCCUUUUGCUGCAGUCUCCCGCCGCAAUUGCAAAGCCCUGACCCUUUGCUAUACAAACACAAACAAUCCUCUAGGCUGUUCGUGUUGUUCUUACCAGCGCAACACUCACACCAAGAAUAUCCAGAAAAGGACCAUAACUCCCACUCGCACCAGGCUUUCUUCGCAUAAAUUGGAAACCUACGGAUCCGUCUCUGGCCAUUGACUUAUCUUGUGCUCCUCUGGCCGCUUCUCCGGGACUUAUCUCUUACUCACAGAAGCUAGUGCCUACGCCAACAUACUUUGCAGCUGCAUUGUCACCACCGCUGCGCCUACUUUAUUUACCUUAUUUUGACUUCUUGUUGCAUUUGCUUUCUCCAGCAAACGCUUCUCAGUCUCCUCUUUCAUCGCUUCCUAUAGAACCGGUGUUGGAUCUAUUACUGCUACUACCACUACCCUCCCCGCACUGACAUCUCUCUCACACUGAGCCUCACUCAUCCACUCACUCAGUCCCGUCUGUGUCAGCACACCAACCACAACAACAGGAUCUCUUCUACUGCCUGCAGUUCCGUUCAAUUGCAGCCCGCACGUUGGAAAUUCCCUGGAACUACCGUGGACCUUUCUCCCAUCUCCUAGGACUUUCCUCAAUGAGCAGCUGGUCCCUUGUCCUUAUCCGCAGUUCACACAACCGACCCGCUUAGGACAAAGCCAAACCGUUUUCUUGCUCCGGUCUUGCCAAUCAAAACCUCUGCAGGAAUAUUUCCAGGAACAUACAAAAUUCCGACCUUACCUUGCUCUUCUAUUUUUUUUUUCUGUCUCUUUUUUAACUCCAAUUAUCUCCGAGGCGAUCUUGCGGAGCCUGGCUGGUGACAACUCCGCCCGCUCAACAGAACGCGCACGCCUUUGGCAGCAGGGCAUUUUUCUCCAUUGACUUUUAUUUUAGUGAGGUGGCUGCCUACCGUGUGACUCCCACGCACACUACACACCCACGCUAAAAACCAUAUCCGCACCCAACUUCGCCACCCACACGUCAGUCAUCAAAUCACUUGUCGUGAAUUCCUAGUUGGAUGACCAACACUUUCUACACCUUUCGAUAAACUCAAUUAGAUUCAAUCGGCAUCUUUCGAGUUGGUUUCUUCCUCUUUUUUUCCCUUCUUUUUUUGUUUCUCGAAACAACUCACAACUUCAUCCUCGCUACUUGGACAAAGUACACACCACCUUCACAAUGUCCACUAACCCCGUUGUUGCGGAGCGUCCCGGCGCUGCCGCCGCCCCCUCCACUGGGGCAACCGAUGCAGCAAAGAAAUUCAACAUCAACAGUCUCAUGUCACCACCCGAACCAAUUCUGGACAGCUUCAGUCAAGCCAAUCGCAAUGCUCAUGGUGCCAAUGGCCUUAUGGGCUCCAUCAAUGGCCGCCCUGUGGCCUCUACUGAGCCAUUGCCCAUGUCGCCCCCCGUCUCGCCUUAUACCAAGCCUGCCGUGCCCGCUGUGACGCCCGUGACGCCGGCCACCCAGACUGUCAAGGACCCCGUGCUCUAUCCUGCCGACGAAUCCUCGCCUCCUUCUCCUCCUCAGCCUCCUCUCUUUGCUCGCGCCGAAAUUGAGCAGCAUCAGCGCAUCGUCGACGACCAUGUUCGCGCCCGCCGUGUUAGCAGCAUCUUUGAAAACACCCAGCCGCCCCGCCGCGAAGACUACGAGCUCGCCUUGACGUUUAGGUCACAAGUCAUGAAGCAGUACUCGGCAAACCGCAUGGGAUGGCUGCGCAAGGAGCGUGCUCUGCUUGAGGCUGACCGCAAGGCUGGCGCCCAUCGCUACCAUGCCAUCAUGCCCGCCAGCAGCAAGCCUACAUCUGGCAAGCCUAUCCGGACUCACCGUCCUACCGAGCGUGUAUCGAAGCCACAGAGCCAGCCCCGAGCUCCUCGCACCAGCUUCAGUGCACCUCGACCAGUCAAGCGCACCAGUGCCACGCCUGAGCCUUCACGCCGCAUCGUGGCGCCCAACCGCGAGGACAAGGACUACAACUCCAUCCCAGAUUACUGCCCCCCUGUUUCGUCACUACCUGCGCGAUCCAACAGCCUCAAGGUCGACUGGAAGGGUCAGCCUAUUGACCUGUCCGAUGACCCCCAGGCUGGGCUCCUGCACCCCGACGAAGUGCUGCUGGCCGGCAACCUUCGCCUGGACUGCGCUACGUACCUGACCAGCAAGCGCCGCAUGUUUGAGCGCCGCCUGCAAUGCCUUCGCACAGGAAAGGAGUUCCGCAAGACAGAUGCUCAGCAGGCCUGCAAGAUUGACGUCAACAAGGCCUCCAAGCUCUGGACUGCGUUUGAGAAGGUCGGCUGGCUCGACGCUGAAUGGGUGCGCCGCUUCCUGUAAGCCAAUCUUUUUACGACCCCGCUACGACUUAUACACGAAUCACGUUGGCCAGGCUUUUUAAUGUCUGCAAACUGGCCAUGAAGCAAGCGAAACCACCGCUUUUCUUUUUUUUUUUUGCUUGCUUCUCACCUUUCAUUUUUCUAUUGUCGCAAUCCACGGAGCAUAUGGGAAUAAUGGACCAAGAUACCCCGGUGUGCGUGCCGCGCGGCGUCCUGACACAUGGACCGACCACCACUAACACGUCACUCCACUCAUGAGAUUUGUUUUCGUUGAACCACCCCUUUCGUUGCAUUUAGCUAUAUUCCCUACGGUGUUUUUUUCUGGUACGGUUUCUUUUUUCUGUUUCUUGUUAUUGGACCCCCCCCUUUGUCUUUUUUACCCUUGACAGACGCACUGGGCCACGGCUUGCAUGUUUGGCGUUUUGCUCCUCUUCACUUACAAUGGCAGCCCUUGCGGUCGAUAGACGACCCGGGCUUGGGACUGGGAUAUAUACUGGUUGUUUUUUUUCUUCCUCUUUACCCAUUCUUCUGUUGAUAUUUUCACCAUCGGCCUUCUCCUGCGUCGUAACUGACGUUUACUGGAGACGGGUCAUAUUUUUUGAUCUGGGCGAGGACAACGUAGCGGCGCAACCCGCUAUGCUUUUACGGUUUCAGGGAGUUUGUUCUUCUCUGUUUUAGUUUCUGCGCUCUUUGGGCGGUACUCUUUUGUUCGUAUUCAAUUGGACUACUUUCUACUAGUAUUACUAUUUAUCUCCAU